GCCCGGGCGCGCCGCACUGGGCAUGCUCCGUAGCCUGGGCAGGUUGGGGCUGCGAGGCGACAGCUCGGGCUCUGGAGCCGGGAGGCGAGAACGAGGAGGGAGACUCGGGGGCAGGGGAGGAGGGAGCGGCGGGCCACGGAGGGGCCGCGGGGCCCGGAGCCGGGGACACGCAGAGCCCGGCGGCGGCGGGCAGGCGGGCCGGCGCUGCCCCGUGGGCUCGCCGGGGAGACGGCGGAGACCCCGGGACCUCGGCCGAGGGGGCGGUGCCGUGAGUUUGACUGAGUGGACAUCACUUGCAGUUGGUCCAGAGCUGCCUGGGCUUCAAUGAUUAAUGGAUCAUCAAAAACUAUUUCUGAGAUGGCCAGAGAUUGAAUGAUCCGC